ACCAUGUCGAGCAUGAGGUUUCUCUCCCUCGAGCCUCUCCCUCUGGAUAUUGCAUCUAAGAAGUCGGAGUACCCAGAGACGCAUAAUCUCAGCAAAAAUUACCUCGCAUUGAGCGAUUUAGACUUUACGAAUCCCCGACUUACAGCACCGAGGGCGACAUCACAUAUCCUGGACGAGAUCAAUGCUUCUCCCUUGAACCGGACAAUCAAGAAUGCCCCUCUUUCGAAGGGUCCUUCUCUGCUGACCCAGACUUCAUUCUCUGCUUCAAUUGGGACAACGAUAAAAUUUAUUCUCGGCCUAUGUAACCUACAAAUCCCUUAUGUAGGGGAGGCAACACGAAUGAAGGAUCUAUCAGCUACAUUACAACAGUUCGACGUACGAGGGGAGCAGGCUCUCCUGCUACCAAAACAGUCUCUAGUGUUGCAAAGACGUGAGCAGGAAGACCUCGCCUUUGCUGCUGCCCAAUACAUCAGCUUCUACAACUGUAUUUGGCUGGUCAUAAACGAUAUCAUUAUCGGUGCCGCGUUUGGGAAAUUUCUUCGUGACAACUGCGAACCCCUUGCGGAGUUGCUUAGCUAUUAUGCGCAGCGCUACGUUGUGGAGGAUGUUCGUAACACGCUCAUUUGGCUAGACAGCUGGCCAGUAGGGCUGAAGCUGAAUACUCAGCUCAGUCGGUUCUUUUGUGUUUCCUUCAUGGGUAUAGGAGAUAUAUGGGGCAAUUUUCUCCAUGCGGUUGCGCCGUCUCUACCAUGGGCCAUUUUCGGUAUUGGCUGUAUGGGCUUAUUAGGGAUGACAAUGAUUUUCUCUCUUUUAUCCGACACCCUCAGCAUCUUUACUGGCUCCUUAUAUUUCUGCUACCUUGUCUCGACCAAAAUUUUCAGCGCCCAACUAGUUGUCCUAGGAUCACUUUUCAAUCUCUUCAGAGGAAAGCGGAGAAACGUUCUAAGAAACCGUACCGAUUCAUGGGACUAUGAUAUAGACCAGUUAAUGCUUGGAACAAUCCUUUUCACCCUUGUAACUUUCCUCUUUCCAACCGUCCUUGUCUAUUAUCUUCUUUUUGCUCUCUGCCGCCUGGGGAUAAUUAUGAUUCAUGCAUGUUUGGAAACCGCAUUGGCAUUCAUGAAUCAUUUUCCUCUUUUUGCAACGAUACUUCGUUUCAAGGAUCCGGCCCGUCUACCUGGGGGUGUCUAUCUUGUCUUGAGCCCCGGUCCGCCACCGAGGCUGGUCCCAAAGAAUUCUCCGGUUCCAUUUUCUCAGAUCUUCUUCCAGCAUCUACGUGUCUGGUCGAAAUUGUCACAACAUUAUAGUCCAUUGCGCCUGCUUCGGUGCGUCGUCGCUGGCAUACUUAUCAUGCCCAUUCCACGAUACUCAAUCCGAUAUGACAUGGUUGGGAUUGAGGAGCGGACUAAGAAAGACGAGUGACUUUGAUGCAUGAGGAUGUUGUUAUUUUAUUGGCUAUUUACUUUCGGGACAAUUGCUUCAGCUUGCCGAUAUUCCAGCGAACGCCAUCGCUAGGAAAGACUUGUAUUAUCGGUGAAGCUUGGCAGAUUAUCUGAUGUUCUUCUCUAAGUCGUUGUGCCUCGAGUCCAGACACGGUUUCUCGAUUGUGUCACAAUGUGAGAGGCUGAUGGCGUGUGUUGCGGCUUGAACAAUGGUGGCUCACUCCCCAAUAUUUCGGAGGGGCAUGAAACCCCAGCGUAUAACUCUGCCACUGAACGAGUAGACUCUCGUUCUUCCACACUCGUUUGCCUACCGGUUACUUUCAGCGAUGUCGCCAAUCGAAUUAUUUCAGCGGGGGCGCAAGUGUAAGGCGUAACCCGCUUACAUAGUCAGCCCGACACGGGUAUAUGAACUAGAUAGUUCUUUUGUAUCUAGCCCCUCCCAAUCAAGUUCCUUGG